AUGGUGUGGUCCGAGAAGAUUAUGAUGAAAUCAAAGUUAAAAUGGGCGGUGCUUGGCGUGCUCGUGCUAUCGUGUGCUUCGAUAAUGGUGCAUUUGUUCCUGGCUAAGUCGCGCACGAGAUUUGCGCAAUACGGCGUGGGUACAAUUUCCACCGAGGAUUUGAAUCCCAUUGAUAAUUCUGGUAGAAAGGGUGUUGGAUAUAGGAGGUUGUGGGGGAAGGUUAACAAUUUGGAGCCACUUCCAUCUGUCAAUUUUGCCGUCCCUGUCUACCGUUUGAAACUUACCAAGAUCUUAAAUGCAGUUCCAAACGAGCAGAACAAUGGUUUCAUUUAUGCGAAAAUUCAUGGUGGCUUCGAGAAGAUUAGGACCUCGAUCUGCGAUCUUGUUGCAGUUUCAAGGCUUCUCAAUGCUACCCUUGUUAUACCUGAGAUUCAAGAAAGCACUCAAUCAAAAGGCAUCAGCUCCAAGUUCAAGAGCUUUUCAUAUUUAUAUGAUGAGGAGAAGUUUAUAAAAGCUCUAGCAAGUGAUGUGAUCAUUGUGAAGAACCUACCGUCAAGCUUGAGCGAGGGCAGGAAAAGGAAACAAUAUCCAAUCUUCAAACCUAAAAGUUCAUCUGCCCCGAAAUACUUCUUGCAUGAAGUUCUACCAAAACUUAAAACUGCUAAGGUCAUUGGUAAACUGGACCUGGCCCACAUCAUCGGCCCAGAAACCCAGCUUCCUUCCGAUACCUUUGAAUUCCCUCUUACAAAGAGCGGUAAAGAGCUCAAAGAGGAAUGGGACAAAGCGGGCCCUCGUCCUAGGCCUCUUCCUCCACCUCCCGAAUGGCCUAUUUAUAGACAUGAAAAGGAAGGCUGGUACGGGUGGAUUGCAGAAAAAGAGUCCAAACCAGAUCCUACACCGAAUAAUCUACGGGAUCAGGCUCAUCGUUUGCUGUGGGAUGCACUCGAUUAUAUUGUUUCUGUUGAAGCUGAUGCCUUUUUUCCUGGUUUUGAUAAUGAUGGUAGUGGGUUGCCGGAUUUUUCCAGCUUGGUGAUGGGGCAUAGGCUUUUCAAAACGGCCUCAAGUAGAACAUAUAGACCUGACAGAAACUAUAUUACGAAACUCAUCAACACGACAAGCGACCAUCUUUACCACCCCCCACGAAACUGGACCCUCACAGUGAGAGAACACCUUAACAAAAGCAUAUCGGAAAAUGGCAUUCUCCAAGAAUCACAGAGGGCAAAGCCAAAGUCAUUCCUCUCUCACCCGUUACCUGAGUGCUCGUGUUCUACCGUAAAAAAUGCCGAUUUCCAAAAGGGUACCAAACUCCAAACUUUGUACUCCGUACAGGAAAGCUGCCCUCCAGGGUUAGAACAAAGUCCAACUACUGUCAUCUCACAAGAUAGCACUGGUGAUGAUAACGAAACACAAGAAGAUGAAAAUGAUACAGAUCUGCAGGAACCGGAUGAUAAUAGUCAAGUCGAUACAGUCCCAUCUGUUCAACAACAUGAGGAAAUGGACCCGGAUGAUUAA